AAUACAAAACAAAUGCGCGAAAGGCCUAAAGUUACUUCCUCCUAGCAGACAAUUUGCAUCCUAUGAAGGGAAGAGGAAGGAAAUAAAAAUUUUCCUUCGACGUUAACAAAAACAAAUGAGAUGAUAGCAGUGCAAGAUUUUGUUCGAGAAACAUGGGAGGAUUUCAAGUCGCCUACAACCUCCACAUUCACCAGCAAAAUGGGCGUAUGCCGCCAAACUGUGUCCAACCUGGAGGAAACUCUGGACAUGGACAGGAGCAGUUUGACCAAAAUGAAGAAGUCUGUGAAAGCACUUUACAAUACAGGAAACACUCAUGUCACAAAUGACGCUAUAGUGGCAGAGAACCUUGAGAGACUUGGAACUAUUGCCAAGACCAGGGACAGCGAGCAGGAAAUUGGUGAUGCAUUUAUGAAAUUCUCACAUGUGACCAAAGAUCUCUCGUCCAUGAUGAAGAAUAUGAUGGAUGGGCUGCAUAACAUGGUUCUGUUUCCCUUGGAUUCUUUCCUGAAAGGGGAUUUGAAAGGUGCUAAAGGAGACUUGAAGAAGCCUUUUGACAAAGCCUGGAAGGAUUAUGAAACCAAAUUCUCCAAGACAGAAAAAGAGAAGAAGAAAGAGGCGAUUCUUGCUGGGAUGGUGAGGGGGGAGAUAUCUGGGGCUGAGCUUGCUGAAGAAAUGGAAAAAGAAAGGAAAAUAUUUCAACUUCAAAUGUGUGAAUACCUGAUUAAAGUGAAUGAAAUACGAACAAAGAAGGGAUCUGAUCUACUGCAGUCUCUAGCUGAGUACUAUCAAGUCCAGGCUAACUUCUUUAAAGAUGGCCUCCGCACCAUUCAACACUUCCAUGACUUUGUGGAAGAGCUCCUCAAACAGCUCCAUAAAAUCAGGCAGAAGCACGAGGCUGAGAAGAAACAGUUGAUUGAUCUCCGAGAUGCCCUGAAGACUUCCAUGAACUACAAGGAAACCAACCGCUUCUCUGGAUCAGGAUGGGCCCCACCAGUCAACUCCUCCCCAGCUGGCUACAACCUCCACCAGCCGUGUGGGGACAAAUCUCUGGGCUGCGAGAAGAAGGGUCACCUGUUGAAGAAGUCGGAGAGCCGGGUGCGCAAGAUCUGGCUCAAGAGGAAGUGCAUUAUCAGAGAUGGUCAUAUGGAGAUUAGCCAUCAAGAUGAAAGUAAAGAUCCAGUCAAGUUGUGUUUAUUGACUUGUCAAGUAAAACAUGUCCCAGAUGACCCCGGCAAAAAGUGCUUCGACAUUGUAUCUUCAUCAGACAACAGAACUUACCACUUCCAAGCAGAUGACACUAAAGAAAUGGAGGAGUGGAUUUCUGUUUUAAACAACGCCAAGGAAGGAAUUUUCAUGAACUUCUUAAAGAACAACACCAACUCACCUAGUCUCAAUCAAAGUGUUCGCGAGCUGACUGCAAGCAUCAUGGAUCGUAUACGACGGUUACCAGGCAACAAGUACUGUUGUGAUUGUGGAACACCAGAUCCAGAGUGGCUGUCUGUUAACCUUGGGGUGAUGGUCUGCUUGGAAUGCUGUGGUAUACACAGAGAACUUGGCGUCCAUAUAUCUCGUACACAGAGCACCAUCAUUGAUGAGCUUGGAACAUCACAGUUGCUGCUUGCAAGAGUUAUAGGCAACGCAGCAUUUAAUGACAUAAUGGAAGCUACCCUUGAUCCAAACGACACUUCUCACAGCAGCAUCAAACCCAAGCCAACUAGUCACAUGAACGACCGGAGAGACUUCAUCAAAGCCAAGUACUUGCAGCACAAGUUUGCCAUCAUCACCUGUGCCAACACAGAGGAGCUGAGACAGGAUCUCAAGCAGGCCACACAGAACAAAGACCUGCUGGCACUGCUGCAGGUCUACGCUGAGAAGCUGGACUUGUCCACACCACUGCCUGAUAUGGAUAAUGGUGAAACUGCUCUCUACUUGGCCAUUCUUGAAGAUGAUGGUACAUCGUUACCUCUUGUUGAUUUCCUUAUUCAAAAUACACCUAUAGGAAGCCUGGAGAGAAAGACGACCAGUGGAGAUACAGCCCUCCACCUGUGUGCCCAGCUCAACAGGACCGAGUGCAUGAAGCUUCUGCUCAGGACGCGGCCAGACUUAGCCAAACUUGAGAACAACAUGAGGGAAACGCCACUAGACAUUGCCAGGAAGAAUAACUUUAACAAUUGUGUUGAGCUUUUGACUGGUGCAAUGUCAGGGAAAAUUGAUCUCUUUCUACACAUCAAUAUUGAUUGGGAUCUGGAUGCUGAUGAAAGGAAUUAUGACUUAGAAUUCAGUGAUGAUGAGUUAGAUAACACUCCGGACAAACCAAAAGCCCGGUCCCGCCCCUCCAGCCUGAUUGUCAUACCUGAUGCCCUGUCAGUCAUCAACAAUCAGAAAGAGAAGGGGGACACAGUGGCUGGGUCUAAAGCAAAAGCUGCCAAAAGCCUCAGUUUAAACAGUAAGCUGAGAUUAUCCCAUGCCAACCACGGUGCUGACCAUUCCUCCAUUGACAGUGACACGGCGUCCAUUAAAUCUGUACCUUCUACUGGAGGUAAUGGGCGGAGUAGUCCAGUCUUGUCACACCAUACCACCCUGGCCUCUGGGGAACCUGAGAAGGGACCCAGGGCACCCAUGCUGCCACCACUUCCUCCCAGGGGCAAGAGACCGCCCCCACCCCCAGUACCUGCUUCAGUUCAAGGGCACAACAGGAACAAGUCAGAAUCUGAUGUGGCGCUGUUGUCUCACAAGCGGACUAUAUCGGAGCCACCCCCCAGACCCAACAUCCCACCUGAGCCCAACAAGACUGUUGCUGCUGCUAAUUCAGUGUUGAAGGUGAUGCCCAGCAAUGUACCUCCAGAGAAAAGUGAGGCCUUACAAGGAAGGCGCUUUUCAAAUACAGGAGAUGAAAGGCGCAAGACAGAUCCUAAACUGGAGACACAGCCAGGGCCACAUCCAAAGUUACAGGCCAAGCGGCGCUACAGAGCUCUCUAUGACUGCGAUGCUGAUAAUGAGGAUGAGCUGACUUUCAAAGAAGGGGAGAUCAUUGUUGUGGUUUAUGAAGAAGAGGAGGAGUGGUGGGAAGGAGAAAUUGAAGGUCAGCCCCAUCGGCGUGGAUUGUUUCCCUUGAGUUUUGUGACGCCUGUAAAUGACUGACAGUUAGUUCUCUUUAGGUAUGAUUUGUAACCUCUCCAUCCCUGUAAGAUAUCCCAGCUGGCAAUUUGCUAGUCAGACAUUAUUGUUUUCUAACAAAAAUCUGGCCACACUGUUACAAAUUAUACCUAAAGUUGAGUAAAAUAAAAUUAUUGGCUAUUUUAAAAUCUUUUUUUAUGACUCUUUAUCACAAAGCAUAAAUAUUCCCUGUAUACAAAAUCAAGGCUAGCUACUUCGUCAGAAUACAUUUUUUAGACCCAUGUUUGUAAAGGGGCUAGCUAUUGGCCAAAAAUUAUUUUCCAACCCAACAUUUACACUGUAGCAAUUGACCAAAAUUAUUUUCUUUAGCCCAUUGUAGUGUUUACUUACAUUUGUUAGAUUUGUAGCUAAAGACCAGAUUUUGCAUUUAGUUUUUAAGCAAUAUUUUAUACAGAAAUAAUGUUCAUAUCAAUGUUUAACUCAUGCUUUCACCCUGUGUACAUACUAUGUGAGGUGAAGAUUUUUCAUUAAUAGCUGGGUGUGGGGACAGUGGGGUGUGUGGUAGAUGAUUAUGUUGGAAGGUUUUAGACCACACACUUACCACACAAAAAAUGGUGUGUGGCAGCGUGAUAUACGCAGGAUUUGUGGUGGGGGGGUCACAUGUAUAUAAUAUGUACACAUAUAUA